AUUUUGUUCUUUUCUACCUCUCUUCACUCUCAGUCUCAGUCUCCACUUUCUGAGAAGAGCGCCAAAUUAGGGUUAGAUUAUCAGGGUUUAACCGUUCCUCCUCUUCCUCUACCAUAAUCAACAACCUCUUCCCAAUCCCAAUGGAUCCAACCAAGAAGCGCAAGCUCGACGAGAACGGCUUCAACAACAACGACUCUUCCGACCCCCUCAAGCUCUCCCCCUCCGAAGUCCGCAAGCUCAUCGAGCGCUUCACCUCCGACCAGCUCCUCGACAUCCUCCAGGACGCGGUGGCGCGCCACCUCGACGUCCUUGCCGCCGUGCGCGCCGUCGCGGACCCUGACGUCUCCCAGCGCAAGCUCUUCAUCCGCGGCCUCGGCUGGGACACCACCACCGACGGCCUCCGCUCGCUCUUCUCCACCUUCGGCGACCUCGAGGAGGCCGUUGUCAUCCUCGACAAGGCCACUGGCAAGUCCAAGGGAUACGGCUUCGUCACCUUCCGCCACGUCGACGGCGCGCUUCUCGCCCUCCGCGAGCCCAGCAAGCGCAUCGACGGCCGCGUGACGGUCACGCAGCUCGCCGCCGCCGGGAACUCCGCGUCGAACGUCAACCCCGCUGACGUAGCUCUCCGUAAGAUCUACGUCGCCAACGUGCCGCCGGACCUGCCCGCGGACAAGCUUCUCGCGCACUUCUCCGUGUACGGCGAAAUCGAAGAAGGUCCGUUAGGGUUUGAUAAACAAACAGGAAAGUCGAAAGGGUUUGCUUUAUUUGUUUAUAAGUCUCCCGAGGGUGCUCAGGCCGCAUUGAUAGAUCCUGUGAAGACUGUGGAAGGGAGGCAGUUGAGUUGUAAGUUGGCGAUUACUGAUGGGAAGCAGGGAAAGCGGGUAGGGCCGGACUCGGCCCAGGCCCAUCACGGGAAUGUUCAGCACGGGCAUGGAGAUGGAGUGGGGGCGGGAAUGGGGAUGCCUCCUAAUGCGGGGUCCGGGCCUGGGCAGUAUGGUGGACCUGGACAGUAUGGGCCCCCGGUUGGGAUGGGUUCUUAUGGUGGGUUUGGCGGACAGCCUCCGAUGGGCAAUCAUAACCAUCCUCUUAAUUCGACGAAUCCUGUGCCGGGUUCUUUGGCAGGUGCUGGUGGGUAUGGUGGUGGGAUGGGUGGGCCAUAUGGUGGGUACGGUGGUGGACCUGGACCGGGGUCGACUGGCUUUGGCGGUGCUGGUGGGAUGGGAGGAGGUGGUGGAGGUGUUGGUGGUGGCGCUGGUGGCGGGCUUGGUGGUGCUGGUGGUGGUAGUUCUAUGUAUAGAUUGCCGGGUUCGGGCGGAAUGCCUGCUGGUGGUACUGGAGGGUAUCCGGAUAGUGGACACUAUGGUUUAUCAGCUUCCUCUGGGUACCAGAAUCAGCAUCACCCUCCUUCUGGAACUUCACCUAUGCCUAGGGUUCCGCCUGGUUCGAUGUAUCCCAAUAUGCCCCCUUACUACUGAAGAGGGUUUAGUUUGUUUUGCUGGUUGAUGACGAAGGCCUUUGCAUCAUCUUCAGUGUUUUGGCUUGAGAUUGUUGAUUGCUAAUAUGGAGACUGGACGAGAAACAUACUUUGUCUAACACUCUUUACUUGAGCUCGACAUUAUGUUUAUAAUGAUAAAGAAGAUUGAUGGACAUCUUUGCUUCCUUCUGCUUCUUGUACCCAAAUCCUUUUAGUAUUUAGAGUUGAAAAAUAAUGCAUUCUUAGAUUUAAUGAGACGAUGAAAGGGCAACCUGGUGCUUUUAAACUCUUGCCUUGACAUGAUCAAGUGUCGUACCCUUUAUGGAUCCAUGUAGGCAGCCUUAACUUGCAUAUGCAAGAGGCUGAUUCCGGAGUCAAACUUGUGACCCUUGAUUUCAUACUGAAACAAGGCUCUCCUAAAUCUGAGAUUAUAAAUACUCAAUUUUAUGUUAGUUUGAUCUUGGAUAUGGAUUAAUUCAGUGAUUCUUUUUGUUUUCUCUGGAACUGAGCCUUGAUUGCCCCACAAUUUGUUAUCUGGAUUUCUUUUUUCCUUUUGCUUCUA